UGUCCCCUGCUCAGUCUCAUACUCAGAGGGUCUCCGGUUACAUCUUGGCUCAGCUUCUCCUCCACUAUGCAGCGACUUUGUUAUGUUGCUUUUAGUCUCCUGUGCAGUCUUCCUUCUAUACAUUCUCUACAGUGCAGUGAGACAGAAUAUGCCUGGCCAGUGGAGGAAGCCACGUUUUGCUGUAAGAAGUGUGAACCAGGUAAAUAUAUGGAUUGGCGUCAAGAAGCUUCUUGUGAGAUAAAGUGUGACUUUUGCAAAGAGGGCCUAUACAGAGAUUCCUACAAUGUGGACAUGAAUUGCAAUCUUUGCAAAAGCUGCAAAAAAACAAACAUGGAGUACAAGUCUCACUGUAACGCAACACAUAACGCAGUGUGCAGAUGUAAAGCUGGAUACAAAUGCAGAGACCAACAGUGCACACAGUGCUUGCCCAUUCCAACCACCACCACCCUCCCGCCGUCCACUACAGCUUCUACACUUCAGGCCCCAACAACACUUGUACCCCCUAAACCCAUCAGAGAUCAGACCGUGUGGUUCCUGGUGAUAACUGCUCUCUUGUGUACAGGAAUAGCACUCGUUGUUGUUGCCAAAAUAAAGCCACUUCUUCGCUGGAUCAGGUCCAGGCGCGGCUACUUUUUGACUGAAAAACCAGUUCCAGUGCCGUCGUGCUCUGAGGAAGAUGUGGUGUCCAAGCCUGUGCAAGAAGUGUGUGGGAAAUGUGACCAACCUAUUGAUUUAUGUUCUGAUGAUAAGUGUUGAAGCUGAACUUGGAUGAGCAAGAAUUUGACAGGCAGUCGCAGAUGAUGCAGAACGUCUUUUGUUGCUCAGGACAUUUAUGACUAAUGGUACAAAAUAUGACUCCAAUGAGUGCAGGUGAAUGGACCCACAGAGGACGUGCUUUGGAGACAGAUGUGUUUCUCUGGGUGCAGAUAUGACUCUGACAUUUGUCACUUUAAGAUGAUUAAAGUGCAUGAGAAUGUGCACUGUGUUGAUAAAAGGUGUAUGUAUGCACGAUGGUACAAAGAAAGUUAAAGACAGUCUGUUUUAUAUCUUUACGUUGUACCUUUUUUGCUGCAUUUUUGCAGUAUUUAGUAUUUACACCAUGUGAAUGAAAUAUGUGAA